CCUCCACCCAGCUUUGGCAGGCAUAGGCCCGAACGAGACAGCCCAACUACCCAGAAGGAUCAGCUCGCAACCCUGACAUGUUGCAAUAUUGCACCCUCCCAAGUUUCCGGACUCGUUCGGUUGCUACCGAUACACCAGUAUUACCAGCUGUCUCUAAGCAUACCCUUGCAGCUACUAUAGCUCGUGGAUCUGCCAAGCAGAGAGCUCUUGUCGUCACUUGCCUCUCACACAUGAAGCCACUUGGACUCGAGCCAGUGCUUCGGCUGCGAAGCGAUAAUGAGAAGGGUGGUAUCGACGAUGGACUAGCCCCGCGUCCUGUAUAUAAGUUUGUGCUGGUUUGCCACGUCUGCAAGUCAGUUGUUGUUCGCUCGUCUGCAAAAAACAUUGCGCCAUCAUAAUACGUCUUCUCAGGCGCAGUCCUGCCUCGUAUGCUGCUCUAAGAAGUGUCAGAGACUCAUCGAUACCAUGGCAAGCACACUCUCGCUCAAAUUUCUCGCCGUAACCCUUCUAGCCAGCCAAGCUUCCCUUUGCGAUGGAGCGGCGAUAAAUGCCAGAUCCGAUGUGCCUCCCGGAUUUGUGGCCGCCCCGUACUACCCGGCGCCCUACGGUGGCUGGGCAUCGGACUGGUCCGACAGUUACAGGAGAGCCAAGGAAGUUGUCGAUAGGAUGACACUAGCUGAAAAGACGAAUAUCACUUCCGGGACCGGCAUUUUUAUGGGUAGGACUAUUCUGACUAUUCUCUGUCGUGUUAUGCGCUUCAAUCCGCUAAUCCGUUGCGUUGGAAACUCCGGCAGCGCCCUCCGCGUCGGUUUCCCUCAGCUAUGCCUUGCCGACUCGGCAACCGGCGUCCGCCAGGCCGACAACGUUACCGUGUUUCCAUCCGGCAUCACCACGGGCGCCACAUUUGACAAGGACUUGAUGUACGCCAGGGCUGCUGCUAUGGGCAAGGAGUUCCGGGGCAAAGGCGCCAACGUCUACCUGGGACCGAGCGUGGGACCCAUCGGUAGAAAGCCCAGGGGCGGUCGAAACUGGGAGGGCUUCGGGUCCGACCCCGUGUUGCAGGGUAAGGCUGCUGCGCUGACCAUCAAAGGCGUCCAGGAGCAGGGCGUCAUCGCCACGAUCAAGCACCUCGUGGGCAACGAGCAGGAGAUGUUUCGCAUGUACAACCCUCUGCAGCAGGGCUACAGCGCCAACAUCGAUGACCGAACGCUCCAUGAACUGUACCUCUGGCCGUUCGCAGACGGUGUGCGUGAAGGCGUAGGUUCCGUCAUGACGGCUUACAACGCGGUCAACGGUUCGGCUUGUAGCCAGAACAGCUACUUGAUCAACGGCAUCCUGAAGGAUGAACUCGGUUUCCAAGGGUUUGUCAUGAGCGACUGGUUGUCUCACAUGUCUGGCGUUGGCUCUGCCCUCGCUGGCCUCGACUUCAACGCUCCGGGCGACCAGCAGGUGCCACUGACUGGCUACAGCUACUGGAUGUACGAUCUCACCAGAGCCGUACUGAACGGAUCUGUCCCUGUGGACCGCAUCAACGACAUGGCCACCAGAGUUCUGGCAACGUGGUACCAGAUGGGACAAGAUGAGGGCUUCCCAGCAACCAACUGGGCUACGGGAACCCGUAACAGAGUGGGGGAUUUUUACCCUGGGGCAUGGCCCUUCUCCCCGAGCGGCGUGGUCAAUGAGUUCGUCAAGGUCCAGGACGACCACCACCUCGUCGCCAGACAGGUUGCGCAGGAGGCCAUCACCCUUCUCAAGAACAAUGGCAGCCUUCUGCCCAUCACGACCUCGGCGCCCAUCAAGAUCUUCGGCACCCACGCCCAGACAAACCCGGACGGGCCCAAUGCCUGUGCCGAUAGAGCCUGCAACAAGGGCCUGCUCGGAAUUGGAUGGGGCUCUGGAACGGUCGACUACGAAUAUUUGGACGACCCGCUUACUGCCUUCAAGAAGAGGGCCGGUAACGUCGUGUACUACAACAGCGACUCUUUCCCAUCGGUCCCGGCCCCCACGGCGGAUGAUGUGGCGUUCGUCUUCAUCACCUCUGACUCUGGCGAGAACCAGUACACGGUAGAAGGCAACAACGGAGACCGCAGCUCCUCCGGCCUCAAUGCCUGGCAUAACGGCAACAAGCUCGUCAAGGACGCUGCCGCCAAAUAUCAAAACGUCGUGGUCGUCAUCCACACGGUUGGUCCGAUCCUCGUAGACGAGUGGAUCGACCUCCCCAGCGUCAAAUCAGUGCUCGUGGCUCACCUGCCCGGCCAGGAGGCCGGCGAGUCUCUCGCCAAUAUUGUUUUUGGUAACGCAUCCCCCUCUGGCCACCUUCCGUAUAGCAUGACCAAGAAGGAAUCCGACCUGCCUGCGUCCGUCACCCAGUUGGUCGGCGGCUCUCUUGGCCAGCCACAAGACACCUUCUCUGAGGGGCUGUACAUCGACUACAGGUACCUCCACAAGAACAACAUCAAGCCUCGCUUCGCCUUUGGCCACGGACUGAGCUACACCGACUUCUCCUUCUCUGAGGCGACCAUCAGCCCCGUAACGCCCCUAACCGCUUCGCCGCCAGCCCGCCCAGCCAAGCAAGGCAUCCUCGAGUACAGCGCGCCUAUUCCCGACUGGACCGAGGGCGUAGCGCCGGCCGGUUUCAACAAGAUCUUCAGGUACAUUUACUCCUGGUGCACCGAGUCCGAGGCCAAGGACGCCGUUGCAGCCUCCAAGACAAAGACCUACCCGUACCCGGCGGGUUACAGCACGACCCAGAAGCCCGGCCCACCCGCCGGCGGCGCCCAGGGAGGAAACCCGGCUCUCUUCGACGUGGUCUUCACCGUCUCAGUCAAGGUGACUAACACGGGCGCCGAGCACUCGGGUAAAGCUUCUGCACAGGCGUAUGUGCAGUUCCCCGACGGCGGCCCUGAAACCCCCGUGAUCCAGCUGCGCGACUUUGAGAAGACGAAGAAUCUAGCGCCUGGAGAGAGUGCCACGGUGACGCUGGAGCUGACGAGGCGGGACGUGAGCGUUUGGGACGUGGUCAGUCAGAACUGGGUCGUGCCGAACCCGACGGGGAGGUACAAGAUCUGGGUUGGGGAGGCCAGUGACAAGUUGUUUUUGGCAUGUUACACGGACUCCGGGGACUGUGAGGAAGGUCUCGAGAGCCCCGUUUGAUUUCUGCAUGGUAAUAAUUGGAGUGAUCACUUCUUCAUGGAUGAAUGUCGGCUCUAGUUGGGUCGCUGAGUUAGCCAUUGGUCUGAUCGUCUGCGCAUAUCCAAGUAAGUAACAACUGCUUUGGGGAACAAACAAAUGGGUGCUAUAAACAGUGGAUUGAGGAAUACAAGAUGAGGAAACCCUCGGUUUCCU